AUGGAGAAGUAUCUCAAAGGCCUGUUGUCCCUUGAUUCUUUAUGGACAUUGAAAUGCCUCAUAGGGAGGCGGGUGACCUGUACAGCUAUACUACACUUGUUCUGCUCGUUGACAUGCCUGAGUGUUCUUUUCCCCAGCACAGAUGCUGCACAAACCAAUUCUGUGACUCAGCAAGGAAGGAUUCACUUUGGUUUUGGCCUACGGACUAAGCAAAAUAGUGAUUUCCUUAUGGUGGCAAAUGGCCCUCACUCUGUGCACUCGUGCAAUGAUUUAUGCUACCAGAGUCACUCAUGCAAUGUGUUCUGGUUGUUGAAAGAAACCUGCAUCCUUGCUGACUGUAGGACUCCACAUCACUGUCAACCAAGUAAGAUGGACUCCAGAGACUCUCUGUUAGUUUUCUUAGACAAGGAACCCACCUCCUGGACUUUACAAUUUCAUCGUAUGCCAGAUAUUCUAAGCCAGGAAGAAUAUCGUCCUGAAGAAUCACAUGGGCCAAGACUGAAAAGAGGGGCUCUUUUACGAGUUAAAAGACAGGAAGCUGAGCUCAGUGAUCAAAAUCACCAAAAAGAGGAGCCAGUCCCAAUUAAUUCUGCAUUAGAGCAAGAUUCUCUUUCAAAAAAAGACCACAGAAUUAUACCGAAUAACACAGCUGGGAACAAAGAAACAGAGCUACACACACCGUCAUUAAUGCCGAGCACAUUGUCAUUACCUGAGAGUCCCCUUACAACAAGGCCAUCUGCCAGUGUCAAUACCACUAGUUCACUGCCAUCUGAAGCAUUGCAAGACACUGGUGAAGAAAAUCCAGACACAGUCACAUCAGCACCAUUCUUAAUACCAAGCAAUACAAGUUCACAUCCAACUCCAGUUCCUACAACUACCAGAACUACAACACCAGUCACAAUCAAGCUUGUGGUUUCUGCUGGGGGCAGUGCUGAAACCACCUUACCAAAAAACGAAGUCCAGCUGAAUGCAUUUGUUGUUCCAGACCUCCUGAAGGAAAAGUAUAUACAUAUGAUUGGAGGCUGAUUACUCAUCCUACAGAUUACAGCGGAGAAAUGGAGGGGAAGCAUACACAGUCACUCAAGUUGUCAAAGCUUACAGCGGGUUUAUACGAGUUCAAGGUAAUUGUAGAAGGUGAAAAUGCACAUGGAGAGGGGUUUGUGAAUGUUACCGUCAAGCCUGAGCCACGAGUAAAUCAGCCUCCGGUAGCCAUCGUAUCUCCUCGCUACCAAGAAAUCUCAUUGCCCACCACCUCUACUGUCAUAGAUGGCAGCCAGAGUACAGAUGAUGAAAAAAUUGUUAGCUACCACUGGGAGGAGCUAAAGGGUCCACUAAGGGAGGAGAAAAUUACAGGAGACACUGAGAUACUGAAACUCACUAAUCUUGUUCCUGGAAAUUAUACCUUUAGGUUAACUGUUGAAGAUUCUGAUGGGGCCAAGAAUUCUACUACUGCAAACCUUACUGUAAACAAAGCCGUUGAUUACCCUCCAGUGGCAAAUGUUGGUGCCAACCAAGUCAUCACACUUCCCAAAAACUCUAUUGUGUUAUAUGGAAACCUAAGCACUGAUGAUCAUGGUAUUGUCAGCUAUGAAUGGUCCUUGAGUCCUAACAGCAAAGGAAAAGUAAUGGAGAUGCAGGGAGUCAGAACAUCAACUCUUCAGCUGUCAGCUCUUCAAGAAGGAGAUUAUACCUUUCAGCUGACAGUGACAGACUCUGCAGGCCAGCAGUCUACCAGUGAGGUGACAGUGAUUGUUCAGCCUGAAAAUAACAAGCCUCCUCAGGCUGAUGCUGGCCCAGACAAAGAGCUUACUCUUCCAGUGGACAGUACAACUCUCGAUGGAAGCCGUAGCACUGAUGAUCAGAAGAUUGCCUCUUAUCUCUGGGAAAAAACAAAGGGACCGGAAGGUGUGAAAAUUGAAAUCAACAAUAGCAGCAUUGCUACGGUUACUGGUCUGCAAGUUGGAAAAUAUGAGUUUACGUUGACUGUUAAAGAUGACCGAGGCUUGCAAGAUCAGGCAACUGUUAGUGUAAUUGUGAAGGAGGAAAUCAACAAGCCGCCUGUGGCAAAGAUUGCAGGAAAUGUUGUUAUUACUCUCCCAACUAACACAGCAGAGUUGGAUGGUUCCAAAUCUUCAGACGAUAAAGGCAUUGUUACCUACCAGUGGGAGAGAGAUGAGGCCAGCCCAGCAGCUGGGGAGGUGUUGAAUAACUCUGAUCGCCAUGCAGUCCUGUUCCUCUCUAACCUAGUUGAAGGGACUUAUACCUUUCACUUGAAGGUGACUGAUGCAAAAGGAGAGAGCAAUAGUGACAGAGCCACUCUAGAGGUGAAACCAGACCCAAUGAAGAACAACUUGGUUGAAAUGAUUCUGGAUGUGAGUGUCAGCCAGCUGACUGAGCGACAGAAAGGAAUGUUUAUGAGACAGAUUGGAGUUCUUCUUGGGGUUCUGGACUCUGACAUUACUGUGCAAAACAUCCAACUCUACACAGAAAAGAGCACGAAGGUAGUCUUUUAUGUCAAGAACCAGCCUCCUCACUUGGUCAUGAAAGGUUACCAGGUUGCCUGUACUCUUCGCAAUGAACUUCGCAAGCAGCAGAGUGAUUUCCUGAUCUUUAGAGCACUUGAGAUUGACACUUUCACUUGCCAGUUAAAUUGUUCUAUGCAUGGUCACUGCAACUCUGUUACCAAGCGCUGUGUCUGUGACCCUUUUUGGAUGGAGAAUUUUAUUCGUCGACAGUUUGGUGAUGGAGAAAGCAACUGUGACUGGAGCGUGCUAUACGUCAUUAUCACAAGCUUCCUCUGUGUUGUGGCAUUGGGACUGCUAACGUGGUGCAUGGUGUGUUGCUGUAAAAGAAAAAAAGGAAAACCAAAGAGGAAGAGCAGGUAUAAAAUUCUUGAAGCCACGGAUGACCAAGAGAGUUUGGAGCUAAAGUCAAGCAUCAAAACUGGUAUAAAAAUGAAAUCUCCAGUUCAAAAUACAAGCUUGAUGCAUUCUGAAUCUGAGAUAGACAGUGAUGACAAUGCUUACACCUGGUCAGAUCGAGAGAAGGGAAAACUGCUCCGACCUCAGAAUGGUUCUUUGCGCAAUGGACAAGCCUCUCACAAAAACAAAAACCAAAGAGAGGAAUUAUUAUAG